CUUCGUAUUUAGCGAACAACCAACGGUUGACGCGUACAGACACCGAUGGUUUGAGGAGUUUGGUGUAUGCGUUACAUAUUUUGGCAUGUCACUGUGACUCGUUAUUAUUUGAAGAAUACAUAUCUUUAGGACUUCACCUUCAAGGCACAAUUACAUGAGCGUGUGAAGCGGGUGACUAGACAUGGUCUUCUGUCUUAACUACCCGAAGAUUUCCUCGAAGGUCUCUUUGAUAAUUCCGUGCGCCAUCACUGAGCAAAAUCCGCGUGAGAAGCAGACAGUCGCUCAGAGUUUGGGACAAGGGAGAUUCCGAAGGAGAGAGGGAACAUUCAUGUUAUUUCUCAGAUCGUUGGAGAACAGCUGUGUGAUGCUGUGGCUGCUGGUCCUUGUCCUGCCCGGGGUAGCAUGCAGUGCCCUGACCCAGAACCUUCUACAGCCAGACAAUGACCACAGAGAUGGUGCUGUUGCCGUGACGACCCGGCCCCACAUCUACUACUGCCGAUCGCCCAACAUGGAGGUCUUCACCUGCUGGUGGCAUCCCCUUGACAACAACUCCGAGAGUGACGACAACGUCACCUACAGCCUCACCUACUCCUUAGAAAAGGGGCCGAGACGUGAGUGUCCAGACUAUGUAACGGGCGGCCCCAACAGUUGUCACUUUGACAGCGGCCACACGUCGAUCUGGACCAUAUACUGCAUGAACGUGAUGGCCAGGACCUCCCACGGAGUGUUCAGCUCCAAGGACCACUGUCUGGACGUGGCUGAUAUAGUGGAGACAGAGGCUCCGGUUAACUUGACCUACACCCUGUUGAACGAAACGGAGGAGGAAGCUGGCCGCACCGCCAUGGUGUCCUGGGUUUACCCCAAUCCCUCCCACAUCCAGUACGGUUGGAUCACCCUGGUCUUCGAGCUGCAGUACCGACGCAUCGCCGAGCCCAACAACUGGAAGGUGAAGGGCUUGCUGAGAGAGCCUUGUCUGGAGCUGCUGGAUCUGCCGGUAGGAGAGUACAUUGUCAGGGUGAGAUGCCGUUCCCGCAACAACGGCCUCUGGAGCAAGUGGAGCACCCCUGUCCUACUCUGUGUCCCAGUCAAAUCUACCCCCGAUAAGCUGCUGGCUCUGCUUUUGGUGACCGGUGUUGGGGUCAUGUUCUUGCUAGUCAUCGGCUUUGGAUUUAUCCUACAGGGCAAGAGGAUAAAAGCAUUCCUUCUGCCUCCAAUUCCCAAACCACGCAUCAGAGGCAUCAAUCCCCUGCUUCUGAAGAAAGGGGGCUUUGAUGAGAUCAACCGUCAUUUCAUCUCCUUCCAUGGCUAUAAGCCCCCAAGCUACAGCGAGGAGGAGGCCUGGGACUCUGUCAGCAUGGAUGACAACCAGUCUCUCCAGGCUCCCCCGGGGGCCCUAGCAGUCUGGAAGGAGGAUUAUGAUAUGGCCAUCCACAGCCAACUACUGGUCCAGACAACCUCCAGCCACGCCCCUUAUACACCAGUCCCCGCCCCUUACUGCCAGGCUCCAGUGGAAGCCUUCCCGACCCCGUGGGAAUGGCCAACAGCAAACCCCGACCAGCCGGAGCUUCUGGCCUUCCCGGGCACUGACUACAGCAUGAUGGUGGAUCCCACCCCCGUCCCGCCUACGGACCAGCAGGCCCCACCCCCAUCAUCCACCCAGGACUUCUACACGUGCGUGAACGUGCUGGGUGACAACGGACAAGUGCAUCUGGUGCCCUGCCUGCCCAACCACCUGAAACACAGCCCCUACGUACAUCUGGAGGAGGAGCUAGAGGAAGGAGGGCUGGAGAAGAGCAGCCAGUUAGAUGACUACCUGGCUAAGAAGAUGGAGGCAGUAGCCAACGGGAGUGCUCCGGGAGAGACAGUGGUAGAGACAGAGGUGGAGACAGAGAGUGUGGAGCAGAGUGAAGUGGCUGUGCCUUUACUGCCUGAAACCACUGGCACACAGGGCAACAUGGUGUGACCAGUUAGCACACAUACUCACUCACACACACACACACACACACUCUCACACACACACACACACACACACACACACACACACACACACACACACACACACACACACACACACACACACACACACACACACACACACACACACACACACACACACACAGGAAUUACUCCAGGCUAAAAUGAGGAUGUUAACUCAUGGAUGGACCUUUGAAUAUACCUACUUAAUAUACUAACAUAAUGAUGUGUUUUUGAGAGUGCACCGGCCUGGGACAUGAGUCCUCUGUGUCUAUCCCCCCUCCCCCUUGCCUGCCAAAUGACAGUGACACUGCUGGACAGACACUGCUGCCACCUCAAUUCACUGCUGAUAUGGCAGGGACCAUGUUCUGACUACAUUCUCUCUGCAGGGAAUCAGAGAUGCAGCAUUUGACUGUGAGGUUUUCUUUCAGAGCAGAGCCGAGGUCGGGAUACAAGAUGGAUUCCCAGAAAAUCUGACAAGAUGGAAAAAAAACAUAAACUUGCAAAGUGUCUUGAACAAUAACAAUAGAUUCUCCAUAGAACUGCAACUGUUGUUGUGUGGACUGAGUCACUGAAAGGUCAAUAUACUCACCUGUUCUUCGGUCCAAUCUUGUUAGAUAAUAAUGCCUGCGAACUCUCUUGUUGUUGGAUGUAGAAUUAAUGACCAACCACUCUGUGAAAGACGCUUCGAUUUUUAACAGUCAGGUUUUAGGGCUCUGUGAAAAGUUUGACGAAUGCAAGAAUAGCAGUUGUACUUCACUGAGACCAGUCAUAGCCGUUCUGAGGCCCUGGCAGAAGUUAGCCUGCAUUUAGAGAACAGUGGAGCACACCAAAGAUCUGAACACCCAGACCAAGAGAGCAGUACACUUCUUCAAAUAUAAAUGUAUUUUUAGAGAGAAAUUAUUGUAAUUAUUAGAAUGAAUGAAUUACAGAGGAAAUACUUUAAUAUAUCAAAUGCACUAUUGACGAGAAAUAUAACGAGGCAAUGUUAUAAUAAUAAUAAUAAUGAUAACAGUAAAGUACACUUAGAAAGUGAACUGUCUGGGUUCAAUCCAUGAACUAAAUCCCAGAUUUAACUGUAUGCUUCAUACUCAGGAACACAACCAAGCAUACAGUAGGAAGUCAACCCAGUAAAGGUGCAGUCUACUUUCAGUCCCGUGUGACGGCACAACCAAGCAUACAGUAGGAAGUCAACCCAGUAAAGGUGCAGUCUACUUUCAGUCCUGUGUGACGGCACAACCAAGCAUACAGUAGGAAGUCAACCCAGUAAAGGUGCAGUCUACUUUCAGUCCCGUGUGACGGCACAACCAAGCAUACAGUAGGAAGUCAACCCAGUAAAGGUGCAAUCUACUUUCAGUCCCGUGUGACGGCACAACCAAGCAUACAGUAGGAAGUCAACCCAGUAAAGGUGCAAUCUACUUUCAGUCCCGUGUGACGGCACAACCAAGCAUACAGUAGGAAGUCAACCCAGUAAAGGUGCAGUCUACUUUCAGUCCCGUGUGACGGCACAACCAAGCAUACAGUAGGAAGUCAACCCAGUAAAGGUGCAGUCUACUUUCAGUCCCGUGUGACGGACAACCAAGCAUACAGUAGGAAGUCAACCCAGUAAAGGUGCAGUCUACUUUCAGUCCCGUGUGACGGCACAACCAAGCAUACAGUAGGAAGUCAACCCAGUAAAGGUGCAGUCUACUUUCAGUCCCGUGUGACGGCACAACCAAGCAUACAGUAGGAAGUCAACCCAGUAAAGGUGCAGUCUACUUUCAGUCCCGUGUGACGGCACAACCAAGCAUACAGUAGGAAGUCAACCCAGUAAAGGUGCAGUCUACUUUCAGUCCCGUGUGACGGCACAACCAAGCAUACAGUAGGAUGUCAACCCAGUAAAGGUGCAAUCUACUUUCAGUCCCGUGUGACGGCACAACCAAGCAUGCAGUAGGAAGUCAACCCAGUAAAGGUGCAGUCUACUUUCAGUCCCGUGUGACGGCACAACCAAGCAUACAGUAGGAAGUCAACCCAGUAAAGGUGCAAUCUACUUUCAGUCCCGUGUGACGGCACAACCAAGCAUACAGUAGGAAGUCAACCCAGUAAAGGUGCAGUCUACUUUCAGUCCCGUGUGACGGCACAACCAAGCAUACAGUAGGAAGUCAACCCAGUAAAGGUGCAAUCUACUUUCAGUCCCGUGUGACGGCACAACCAAGCAUACAGUAGGAAGUCAACCCAGUAAAGGUGCAAUCUACUUUCAGUCCCGUGUGACGGCACAACCAAGCAUACAGUAGGAAGUCAACCCAGUAAAGGUGCAGUCUACUUUCAGUCCCGUGUGACGGCACAACCAAGCAUACAGUAGGAAGUCAACCCAGUAAAGGUGCAGUCUACUUUCAGUCCCGUGUGACGGACAACCAAGCAUACAGUAGGAAGUCAACCCAGUAAAGGUGCAGUCUACUUUCAGUCCCGUGUGACGGCACAACCAAGCAUACAGUAGGAAGUCAACCCAGUAAAGGUGCAGUCUACUUUCAGUCCCGUGUGACGGCACAACCAAGCAUACAGUAGGAAGUCAACCCAGUAAAGGUGCAGUCUACUUUCAGUCCCGUGUGACGGCACAACCAAGCAUACAGUAGGAAGUCAACCCAGUAAAGGUGCAGUCUACUUUCAGUCCCGUGUGACGGCACAACCAAGCAUACAGUAGGAUGUCAACCCAGUAAAGGUGCAAUCUACUUUCAGUCCCGUGUGACGGCACAACCAAGCAUGCAGUAGGAAGUCAACCCAGUAAAGGUGCAGUCUACUUUCAGUCCCGUGUGACGGCACAACCAAGCAUACAGUAGGAAGUCAACCCAGUAAAGGUGCAAUCUACUUUCAGUCCCGUGUGACGGCACAACCAAGCAUACAGUAGGAAGUCAACCCAGUAAAGGUGCAGUCUACUUUCAGUCCCGUGUGACGGCACAACCAAGCAUACAGUAGGAAGUCAACCCAGUAAAGGUGCAAUCUACUUUCAGUCCCGUGUGACGGCACAACCAAGCAUACAGUAGGAAGUCAACCCAGUAAAGGUGCAGUCUACUUUCAGUCCCGUGUGACGGCACAACCAAGCAUACAGUAGGAAGUCAACCCAGUAAAGGUGCAGUCUACUUUCAGUCCCGUGUGACGGCACAACCAAGCAUACAGUAGGAUGUCAACCCAGUAAAGGUGCAGUCUACUUUCAGUCCCGUGUGACGGCACAACCAAGCAUACAGUAGGAAGUCAACCCAGUAAAGGUGCAGUCUACUUUCAGUCCCGUGUGACGGCACAACCAAGCAUACAGUAGGAAGUCAACCCAGUAAAGGUGCAGUCUACUUUCAGUCCCGUGUGACGGCACAACCAAGCAUACAGUAGGAAGUCAACCCAGUAAAGGUGCAGUCUACUUUCAGUCCCGUGUGACGGCACAACCAAGCAUACAGUAGGAAGUCAACCCAGUAAAGGUGCAGUCUACUUUCAGUCCCGUGUGACGGCACAACCAAGCAAACAGUAGGAAGUCAACCCAGUAAAGGUGCAGUCUACUUUCAGUCCCGUGUGACGGCACAACCAAGCAUACAGUAGGAAGUCAACCCAGUAAAGGUGCAAUCUACUUUCAGUCCCGUGUGACGGCACAACCAAGCAUACAGUAGGAAGUCAACCCAGUAAAGGUGCAAUCUACUUUCAGUCCCGUGUGACGGCACAACCAAGCAUACAGUAGGAAGUCAACCCAGUAAAGGUGCAGUCUACUUUCAGUCCCGUGUGACGGCACAACCAAGCAUACAGUAGGAAGUCAACCCAGUAAAGGUGCAGUCUACUUUCAGUCCCGUGUGACGGCACAACCAAGCAUACAGUAGGAAGUCAACCCAGUAAAGGUGCAAUCUACUUUCAGUCCCGUGUGACGGCACAACCAAGCAUACAGUAGGAAGUCAACCCAGUAAAGGUGCAGUCUACUUUCAGUCCCGUCUGACGGCACAAACAUACAUACACUCAAAACUUGUUUUCCUUUUCUUGAAUUUUUGGUCAGAAAUGAAACUACAGAUUGCAUUUUUUGGUAACAUUUAUAAUUUUCGGUCUGUAAAACAGCCUUCACUAUGCAGUGCUACAUGUGCUCUGACUAUUAACUACAUGCUGGAUUUGAAAGCACUUAUUUACCAGAACAUAACACAUGCAGCUCUCUCAGGGGAGAAAAGAGAGGAGGCUAAAGAAAAGAGCACUGUGAUCAUUUGAUUGAUUUUUACAUAGAAAAUGAGGUGACCAGACGAGUAGGGAGAAAACACACCUUCUGAAGUGGACAAACAAGGUUAAAGUGUCUAAUGUUAUGUACAGGAACAAGACAUUUUCACCACACCCACAUACUUGAGUAGAUGUGUUUUUCACAGUGAUUUCUUCAUGAAAUCUUCUUUGACAAGCUUUCCUGGUGAAUAGGAGGGCAAGUAUGCUAUUUAGAAAAUGGAGGCUUUUAUAAUGACAAAAGUAAGACGCUCCCAGUUGCUAGGAAGAUAACCUUGAAGGUGUGUGGAUGGCAGUCUAAUAUUUUCAGAGGAUUUUUACACUAAAUAUAUGCAUUGUUUUCUGAAAGAAACAUGGAGAAACAAAUAAUAUGCAUCACAUGUGAAAUAAACCAGUCUCAGAGCAUUUGAAAUGUCGGGGUACAGUUUAAUAACAUCGGAAGCAGUUCAUUAGCCAUUUAACACACUGGAUAACGAUGAUAACACACACAGUACGAUAUGAUGCAACGAGUAGCUUAAAUACUUUGUACUAAAACACUGUGUUCCUAUUACACUGGCCCUAUGGAUGGACCUUGGUUAGUCUGUUACACUGGCCCUAUGGAUGGACCUUGGUUAGUCUGUUACACUGGCCCUGUGGAUGGACCUUGGUUAGUCUGAAACACUGGCCCUGUGGAUGGACCUUGGUUAGUCUGUUACACUGGCCCUGUGGAUGGACCUUGGUUAGUCUGUUACACUGGCCCUGUGGAUGGACCUUGGUUAGUCUGUUACACUGGCCCUGUGGAUGGACCUUGGUUAGUCUGAAACACUGGCCCUGUGGAUGGACCUUGGUUAGUCUGUUACACUGGCCCUGUGGAUUGACCUUGGUUAGUCUGAAACACUGACCCUGUGGAUGGACCUUGGUUUGUCUGUUACACUGGCCCUGUGGAUGGACCUUGGUUAGUCUGUUACACUGGCCCUGUGGAUGGUCCUUGGUUAGUCUGAAACACUGGCCCUGUGGAUGGACCUUGGUUAGUCUGAAACACUGGCCCUGUGGAUGGACCUUGGUUAGUCUGAAACACUGGCCCUGUGGAUGGACCUUGGUUAGUCUGUUACACUGGCCCUGUGGAUUGACCUUGGUUAGUCUGAAACACUGACCCUGUGGAUGGACCUUGGUUAGUCUGAAACACUGGCCCUGUGGAUUGACCUUGGUUAGUCUGUUACACUGGCCCUGUGGAUGGACCUUGGUUAGUCUGAAACACUGGCCCUGUGGAUUGACCUUGGUUAGUCUGUUACACUGGCCCUGUGGAUUGACCUUGGUUAGUCUGAAACACUGACCCUGUGGAUGGACCUUGGUUAGUCUGAAACACUGACCCUGUGGAUUGACCUUGGUUAGUCUGUUACACUGGCCCUGUGGAUUGACCUUGGUUAGUCUGAAACACUGACCCUGUGGAUGGACCUUGGUUAGUCUGAAACACUGGCCCUGUGGAUUGACCUUGGUUAGUCUGUUACACUGGCCCUGUGGAUGGACCUUGGUUAGUCUGAAACACUGGCCCUGUGGAUUGACCUUGGUUAGUCUGUUACACUGGCCCUGUGGAUUGACCUUGGUUAGUCUGAAACACUGACCCUGUGGAUGGACCUUGGUUAGUCUGAAACACUGACCCUGUGGAUUGACCUUGGUUAGUCUGUUACACUGGCCCUGUGGAUUGACCUUGGUUAGUCUGAAACACUGACCCUGUGGAUGGACCUUGGUUAGUCUGAAACACUGACCCUGUGGAUGGACCUUGGUUAGUCUGAAACACUGACCCUGUGGAUGGACCUUGGUUAGUCUGAAACACUGACCCUGUGGAUGGACCUUGGUCAGUCUGUUUUACGUGUUGGUACAUUUUUAAGGUUUAAAUUAUGUUUUUAAUGUCUCUCUCUUGGUUUUUCUCGCUCCCCCCCUCUCUAUGAAGUCAGGUGGUUUCUCUACCAUCAGUAGUCCUGUACAGUGCUUUUCUCUGUGUUGUCAUACUGUUCUGUUCACUGUUGUACUCUGCUGUGCCGCUUCAAGUUUGUGCCUUGACUUGACUGUGUGGAACUCUCCUGUCCUUAUAAGUGCUCACACUGGUAGACUGAAAUUAUAUAUUUUUCUAACGAGAUAGACACACACACACACACACACACACACACACACACAGACAGACACACACACACACACACACACACACGCACACACACACAGACACACACAGACACACACACAGACACACACAAACACACGAUAACACAGACAACAGCGGUAUUUGUGAAGGCCAUAUAGGACACGUAGAAGCAGUCAGGUCAAAUUGUUUCUGUUCUGUACAUUGGAUGCGGUGGGGUGGGUGAGUUAUGUUGUUUGUUUUGGAAGCUAUGUCCCCUGCUGCAAGAUCUUUCCCAUGCAGUGAAUAAAGCCUACUGCUGACCUGUCUC